AUGUCCGAUAUUACGAUCGGCGAUUACCUUAGGAAGGAGAAGUAUUCGGCAGCAUUCAUUAACAAUUACCUCAUACCAAUGAGUGCAGCUAUUUGGAGCACACCACCUGAUUCUGUAGCUUUAGAUUUCCCAGCCAGUACUCUUAUUAGAUUCAUGCACAACCACCAUUUACUUCAAAUAGCGGACAGAACACAGUGGUUGACGAUAAAAGGAGGAUCUAAAUACUACGUUAAUGAGAUCAUCAAGAAUAUGAAGGAAGGAACAACACAUUUGUCAACACCUAUAAGUAGUCUCAGACGUCUACAUAAUGGGACAGUUGAGCUUUCAACCGCAAACGAAGAUACAUGGUUUUUCGAUCACGUCAUUCUCGCUACACAUGCUGAUACUUCUAUGUCAAUUAUCAAUGAAGACUUGAGUGAAAAGGAAAAGGGUCUUUUGAGCAACUUUAAGUUUUCUAGUAACGAGGCUGUACUUCAUUACGAUGAGAAGCUCAUGCCGACAAGAAGAGAAGCAUGGACUAGCUGGAACUUUUUGAGCAAUGCUGACGAGAAAUCUAACGUUAAUAAUCAAGUUUCAUUAACGUAUUGGAUGAACUUAUUACAAAGUUUGAGUGAAGAGAAUUAUGGAAAUGUUCUAGUAACACUGAAUCCACCACUCGAACCAAGAGAAGAUUGUGUUAUUGGUAGAUGGAGCUAUGAACACCCUUUGAUAAGCGCUGAUGCGGUUCAAGCUCAAGGUCCGAUGAAUGAAAUACAAGGUAAAGAUGGGUUAAGCUUCGCAGGUGCAUGGUUGAAAUAUGGGUUCCAUGAGGAUGGCUUUAUAUCAGGUUAUAAUGCCGUAAAGACAAUAAAUGGCUUGACAGUAGCGGCACCAUUUGAUUUAAUUUCACCUGAAAGACAGGUAGAUCAGGUUAAUGCACAAGUACGAUUUAUGCUCUACAUACUGCAAUAUCUGAGAAUGAACAAGGUGUUGAUAUCAUUUGUAGUGAUUAUCGCGUCUGUUUACUUGUCAAUUGAUUAG